AUGGGACUUCUUCUCCGCCUCCUCCUCGGCUGUCUGCUGAGCCUCGGCGUCUUCACCUCCAAGCUCCGCGCCGACGCCGCCGCCUGCUACGAGUCCGUGGUCUCGUACGACUUCCGCGUGACCUACAUCUCCUCGGCCUUCGACGGCGUCGCGCUCACCUCGUUCGGCAUCAACGACCGCCCGGCCCACGAGGCGCUGAUCGACGUGACCCUCGGCCAGCAAGUUGAAGUGACCGUGACCAACGAGCUGGCCGAGCCCACGUGCAUCCACUGGCACGGCAUGAAGCAGCUCGGCACCCAAGAGAUGGACGGCACGUCGGGCAUCUCGCAGUGCUACAUCCCUCCCAACGCCACUGCGGUGUACCGCUUCGAGCCGGACAAGGCCGGCAGCUUCUGGUGGCACGCCCACCACUCGACGCAGUACCCGUACGGUCUCCGCGGACCGCUGGUGGUCCACCCUCGAGAGGACCAACUUCAGUCUUGGGAGAUGGACAUCGACGCCGAAUACAACGUCCAACUGGCCGACAUCUACCACGGUCCGCCCGGCGUCCCGCCAAUGUGGGACUCCAUCCUCAUCAACAACCUGGGGCGCUACAACUGCACGGCCGCAGCCUCGCACGGCUUCACGGAGUGCUCGGAGGACCAGCCGCUCACGCGCUUCCGCUUCGAAGCGGGCAAGACGUACCUGCUCCGCCUCAUGUGCAUGAGCGCGCUCGCCCCCUUCGCCUUCAGCAUCGACGACCACGAGUUCCGCGUCAUCGCAGCGGACGGAGACUCGCUCGAGCCCACGGAGCUCAUCACCAACAUCACCAUCAACGUCGGCCAGCGCUACGACCUGCUGGUGGAGGCCAAGACCGCCACCGAUGGACGCAUCGGCUCGUUCUGGAUGAGAGCCACGGGCCUCAAUGGUCUCCCAUGGACCGCAGCGACGGGGGCCAACGCCGGCGAGGGGUUCAACGCCGACGGCCUGGCCAUCAUCUACUACGAGGAGGACGACGACUCGGAGCCGACCACGCAGCGCUGGAACGAGACCACUACAGUCGGCGAGUUCGACUUCACCCCCGUGAACGCCACCACGCUGCCGGAGACGGCCGACGACCGCGUGAUCGUCGAGUUCCUCUUCCCCGGCAUCGGCCAGGUCGCGAUCGACGGGAGCAGCUUCAACCAGUUCUUCGUGCCGGAGUUCGCCCCGCUGCUCAGCAUCGCCGACGGAAUGUCCGCCUCGGAGCUCCCAGUCACGGCCAACGCCCGGUCAAUCACCUACCGAGACUACGUGGAAAUCGUCCUUGUCAAUGAGCAGAACGAGCAGCACCCGUUCCACCUGCACGGCCAUUCGCCGUGGGUCGUGGGCAGCGGCCAAGCGACGUUGGCCGAAGUGGAGAGCAACAGCUUGUCGCCCCUGAAGCUCUCGGGCGCCAUGUUCCGCGACGUGUACAGCGUCCCGCCGUGCCCCACGGACGACACCAACGCUUGCACGGGCGUGGGUUACGUCGUGCUGCGGCUCGAGGCCGACAACCCGGGCGUGUGGAUGAUGCACUGCCACAUCGACUGGCACCUGGACGACGGCUUGGCCAUGAUCUUUGUCGAGGGCGAGGCGCAGUUGCAAGAAGCGGGCGUGGCCGCCUUCUCCAACAGCAUCCUGAGCGUCUGCGGCAGCAACUUCACCGGAGCUUCGUACGACACCAGCAUCACCGUCACCGUGCCGUAA